AUAAACAUAUAGUAUGCAUGCAUGCGGGAGAGUCUAAGAUCUCUAUUAUUCUGAUUUAAUUUCAUGCAGAGAGUCUUCAGAACCAGCAAGCUUCUGCAUUUCUCAUUUGCCAAUAGAUGCUCUUUACCGUCUUCUUCUCCUUUGAUAUCAAACGCGACUUGCGUUUCUAAGACUCCAUCACUAUCUUCUUGGUUUACCUGUUCAAAAGCUCCUCAGGGAAGAAUCCCAUUUCUUACCGGAAAUAUGUCAAGUUCAACAAGUUCAUUUGAGAAGCCCACGGUGCUUGAAAAUGAAGUUCAACAUGUUGAAUUACUAAACGCAGUUGAUGAUUUAUAUGGAGGAGUUACAGUAGACAUGGAAAAGCCUAUGGACUCUAAGCUAUUUGCUUCUGCACUUAAAUCUUCCUUAUCAUAUUGGAGGCAGCGGGGGAAGAAGGGUGUUUGGAUUAAAUUGCCUUCUGAAUUUGCUAAUCUUGUUGAACCUGCAGUUCAGCAAGGAUUCAGAUACCACCAUGCUGAACCAGAUUACUUGAUGCUUGUGCACUGGAUUCCUGAAACCCCAGAUACUCUUCCUGUAAAUGCUUCACAUCGCGUCGGUGUUGGUGCCUUUGUCAUCAACCAUAAGAGAGAGGUUCUGGUAGUUCAGGAGAGUAGUGGCCAAUUCAGAGGUAAAGGUGUGUGGAAGCUCCCCACUGGAGUUGUUAAUGAGGGUGAGGAUAUUUGUGCAGCUGCAAUAAGAGAAGUGAAAGAGGAGACAGGAGUUGAUGCUGAAUUUGUGGAAGUUUUGGCCUUCAGGCAAAGCCACCAAUCAUUCUUUCGGAAAUCAGAUUUAUUUUUUGUUUGCAUGCUACGACCAAGCUCUUUUCACAUUCAGAAACAAGACUCGGAAAUCGUAGCUGCUCAGUGGAUGGCAGCACAGGAGUAUGCAGCACAGCCAUUUGUACAAGAGCAUAGACUGUUUAAUUAUGUAGCCAAAAUAUGCCUAACGAAGUCAGAGGAGGACUAUGCGGGGUUUUCUCCCUUAUCUGCCACCACAGCUUCAGGUAAAACCAGCUACUUGUAUUUCAACGACCGAGAUUGCCACCCUCUCACAACCGAGAAUCCAUCGACACCACAAUCCUAAGCCAAUUGAAUUCAAAAGGCAAAGGUACAAAAUAAAAGGGUGUUCUUUUUUCAAGUGAAAUUUUGUUAACCUCCAGUGGUUUAGUUUAAUUUUCUUCAGAAGUUCUGCGAAUAAUGAGAAAGUUUCUCUGAAAUUUCAUAAUUUUGUAACCACAGAGAAAAUCUCUGCAUUUUUCCUGUCAUGGACACGGUGUUAUGUGAAAGGGAAUAAAGUCUAUCAUUGUUUUUUGA